AUGACUAAGAAGACUGAUCUCAAACCGGAUGGAUUUGCGACCCACCGUGGAAAGUUUUGUGCCAUGCCAGCACCGAGCGAUGGAGUGCAGCUCCCGGAUGACUUUCGAUUUGGAGUAGCAGAGGAAGAAUUAUUCGACUGCAUCAUUUUGUUUGAAAGCAAGCUCACUAUAACUUCCGCUGCGUUUGGUCAAGUGGUGCAAUAUCUGCAAUGUCCUGGCUUUGAGGAGGGAAGCGCUAUUCUGUUUGACCGAAGCUCCUUUUAG